GUUUUGAAUCGUGCGGGCUAACAGAUAACUAGAACGCUUGUAACCACUGCACUGACCAGCAUUCCCCUAAUAAAUUUGGGGUUACUUUGAAGCUUCAUGUUUCUGUAGUUUGCCACGCAGUCUUUUAGCUUAGUAUUUCCUGUGCAGCACAGUAGGAGAAAGCAAUGGACCUCCACAAAAUCAUCCACAAUGCGCUGCACGAGUUUAUUCAAACUUACAUUCCUGAUGCAGAUCUGAGCACACUGGAUGAUGUCCUUCUGUCUUACAUCACUGGGGUGCUGGAGGAUCUCGGCUCUCAGCAAAGUGUUGAGGAGAACUUUGAUGUGGAGGUCUUUGGAGAGAUGUUAGAAGCUUACAUACCUGGCUUUGCUGAAAUUGACAGUGUCAAAGUCUGUGAAAUGAUGUUCAACCUGGCUUCAAAACUUGCCACCGCUCGGACCUCAGCUAACGAACAAAAUGAAGAUUCUAAGGCAAGAACAGAAGAAAUUUCCCUUAAACUCACCAACAUAUCUACUCAACCUUCACCUGGAAGCGAAACGCAGUGCCUUAAUAAUCAAACAGAGGGUGCCACUGCCAAGCUGCCAGUAUCUGAAUGGGAGGCUCAGGAGCAGCACCUGCUGGAGAUGUUUCCCAAAUGUGGUCUUGCUGAGGCUCGCAGUGCCCUGUCUAUUGCCAAAGGAGACAUGGAGGAAGCUGUGCGCCUUAUCAUAGAGGGUGAUGUCCAACUCAGCCCAACUCCUCUUAAUGUAAACCAAGGGAAGAGUAUUUCUUCACUGGCAGAUCAGAAACUUAAAGAAAGCAUCCUUGAAAAGUACAUGUUAGUGGACAGGGAGGAUGACAAAAAAACACACCGCCCCGUCCCCCCUAAAGAUGCUCCAAAGAAACUAGUUCGCUACCACAGUAACCAGGUAGUUACCACAAAAGGAGAGCGAUAUCAGCUUGUGAAGACCAACGAGACAGAGGAUAUGAAGAAGACGUAUGUCAACCUCAAGCCUGCAAGAAAGUACCGCUUUCAUUGACGACCAGCACAACACUGUGAGAGCAGCUACUGACAUUUUUGUUUACACUAUUUAUGAUUUAUGAUGUUUAUUUAGCCUGGAUUUGUGAGGUUGUUUUUCCCAAGUUAUGGACGGUAUUUGUUAGUCAGUGGCUUAUUAUUACUUUUUUUAAUCUUACCAUUAAAUGCCUUGGUUGAAACUUUAAAUUUCAGUUUCAGUUGCUUUGGUUUUGAUUUCUAUGAGAGAUUUUGAAGAACAGUGUGGUAUUUUGGUGUGGAUGUUGUAACUUGUGUUCUGGUUUGUGUAACAGCCUAACCUCUCUACUUUUUUGCCAUCUCAGCAGGUCUGAUGUUGCACUGACAUUAUUGAUAUUUUCAAGAAUUUCUUUUUUUUUAUCCAGCUGUUAAUUUUGUUUCCCUUGAGAAGUCCAGUAUAGAUUCAUCAUUAUGACAAAAUGACAAAGAUGAAUCUGUCGAUAUGCGUUAUUAUGUUCAAGUGGUGCUGUAGGGUUUUUGUUCUGGAAAAGUCUCAACAGCUUGUUUAAACAUGCAUAUAAAAUCAUUGAUGCCAA